AUGGACAGGCUUCAGUUCUGCACCAGUCUCCGCCAACGCCCAGCAUGCAGUAACGCGGUGAUGGCCUUUCGCACCGCCAAAUGGAGAGAAGCCAGACUAGAGACCCACGAUGCCGCCAUGCUCCUCCCAGCCCAGCAGUCUCGCCAGCUGCACGAGUCUGUGCUGCGCGCGAGCUUUGUGUCGACGAGCGACCUUGAUGUCGAUGACGGGACUACAGCAGGCAGUACAUUUUCGGCGGGUACCUGGCAGCGUAUCGAGCGGUUGUACUACCUGAAUGGCAGCGGCCAAGAUUCGGUCAUUGUGUUUGUCCUCGAAUAUGCUAGCAAAGACAAUGCCGCGUCUAGUAGCCGUGCGAUGAACCUCUAUACAAAACUGCAAGCCGAGUACGUCAUGGGACCAAACCUCGCUUUUUACAUCAUGUUGAGGUCUAGCCACCUGACAAUGCCCAUGUCUGUCCUCAGCCUCAUGGAAAGCGAUCUUGUUAUCCCCGUCGUCCCUUGCGCAACGUGGGAGCUAGUCCCACAGACACUCGUAGCCUUCCAUCGACAGUUGUGCGUCAACCGCCGUCCAAAGCUGGUGCCACGAGCCCAGAACAACAACGCCUCAAUCGAGCAGACUCUCGAAGUGUUGCGGCACAGUAUCACCCACAAACCACUCUCGGACCACAGUAUCCACGUACUGACGGACCUGACGACUGGAUUCCGUGAUUACUUGGACAAGCUCGACGACCCUGAAGCACAGGAGAAGAUCUUGGGGUAUCUCGGAGAGGAAGGGCAGCGGGCGCUUGCGUUUUGGCUGGAGGACUUUCUUGUCCCACGCUCAUCUACUCUACGAGUCUGAUUGUGGCGUGUUCUUUGGAGCAGCCUGAAGUCACGCCUUGGCAGUGUGCCCGUGGUGUCUGUGCUUGGAGGUGAUGG